UAAAGACAUCGCGAGGCGGUGAAUUGCCUGUCCGUGCCACAGACGUGUCGUCUCAAAGGGGAUCCUUUCACCGCUCUGCAGGCUGCUUUAUUUACUUGACGCUGCCCAUGCACGUCGUACUCGACACCGGACAGGCCAAUUCGCAACCCACGCGGCUGGGUUAAGCAUGCGUUUACGCUAUGCCUGCGAUUGGCGCUCCACUCCGCAAAUGGACCCUUCUGCUCCUCUGCAGCCUCCCGACAUGCGGAGUCGCGCAGUCGACGAAUGAGAUCAGCCUCGUCGAGGCCAGCGCCUCCGCCAGCAAAAGCUCGAGUCCCGCGAUCAAGCUUCCGUCUCUUACUUCCACGCUACCGAAGUCGUCGGCUCCCUCGUACGCCGAUUCAGCAUGUCCGUUUCGAACGAUCAACUACAUUACGCACACGCUGCCGCAGCAAUGCCUGAAGACGGCCUGGUCGGCUCCUGGAAUCGAGCCCUCUGCCGAGGGGCCGGCCGACGGAGAGGCAACCGCUGGCCCACAAGUGGUGAUACCUUGGGCAAGAGAAGGAAUUUUGGAGACUGGAGCAGAAGCAGAACAUGAAGAGGCACCUGCGGGAGCAGGAUCGAGCGCGGAAGAUACGGGCACGCCUGAUGCUGCAAUGGCGGGUAGCACGACAAGCACGCAAUCAGAAGCGGAAGCGGAGGCGGAGACGGAUUCACCGCUUGAUAACGCAAACUUCCUGUCGUUCGAGGAGUGGAAGAAGAGGAACCUUGCCCGCGCGGGACAAUCGCCCGAAAAUGUCGGCCAAGGGCGAGCUGCCUCCUCAGAACAAAGGUCGCGACGGCGUCCGGUCAACGUCAAUGCCCUGGACUCGCUGGGUGAGGAGGGAGAGAUCGAGAUAGACUUCAGCGGCUUUGGAGAUCCGUCACAGGGGGAUGAGGGAGCCUCCAACACGCCAUCUGCCGCCCAAGAUACAAGCGAAGCUACCACGACGCCGGAAGAGGAGGGCAAGGCCGCCCCGAGCUCCUGGGCGCUCAGCAAAGAUGCAGGAAAGACCUGCAAAGAGCGCUUCAACUAUGCUUCCUUCGACUGCGCGGCUACAGUCCUCAAGACGAAUCCGCAAGCUAAGAGCUCCUCUGCGGUUCUGGUUGAGAACAAGGACAGCUACAUGCUGAAUGAAUGCUCCGCCCAGAACAAGUUCAUCAUUGUCGAGCUGUGCGACGACAUACUCGUGGAUACCCUUGUCCUAGCAAACUAUGAGUUCUUUUCGUCCAUGUUCCGCCACUUCCGGGUUAGCGUUUCCGACCGAUAUCCAGUCAAGAUGGACCGUUGGCGAGUGCUGGGGACCUUUGAAGCGCGCAAUUCCCGAGACAUUCAACCUUUCCUUAUUACUGAGCCCCAGAUCUGGGCACGAUAUCUACGAAUUGAAUUUCUUACGCAGUUUGGUAACGAAUUCUACUGUCCGAUAAGCUUAUUACGAGUACAUGGCACCACUAUGAUGGAGCAGUUCAGGCGCGAGGAAGAGCAGGCCAGAGGUGAUGACGAUUUUGUCGAGCCCAUCGAGGCCGCGGAGGGUGAGCCUGUACAGACAGCUGCACCUCCAGCUGAGGAUAGCGGAGCCAUCCCGGCUGCAGAAUUGCCAGUAGAGCCGAGGAAAGAUGCGACGGCUACCUCGGUAGCGUCUUCACAGGUGGAAGCCACAACACAAACUACGGAUCUCACGGAUAGCCCCAGUGAAGGUGUCGGCUCUGGGUCACAAGGCGCUUCUGACCAAGUUCCCGUGAAGCCUCCAGAGGUUCAUCCCAGGAACUCCACAGAACCGUCCGGAAAAACCGGGACUGAAACCGAAGGACCCGUACCAUCACCUGCAUCGGCCAGUUCAGCAAAGUCUAGUCGGACGGAGACCGACACGUCUCGCAGCUCUGACCCGGGCGCAUCGCCGGCGACGAGUUCUUCAGACGCUGCAUCCCCGCCUCCCAAUUCCCCAGCUGAGGGGAAGACGACUAGUUCAACUACGGCGUCAUCCCCAAGCAAAGAUGCUAAGCCCUCUACGAAUGAAACCACCAGUGCGACUUCGAAUGCUUCCUCGCAAAAGGUUGCGACGAACUUCACGAGCAAUGGAUCACAAGCGUCAUCACAAUCACGUUCACCGACACAGCCAAAUGCUGCCACGCCAACAACGCAAGAGUCUUUCUUUAAAUCCAUCCACAAGCGACUCCAAUAUCUCGAAGCCAACAGCACCCUCUCACUUCAGUACAUAGAAGAGCAGUCUCGUAUUUUGAGGGAUGCCUUCAUGAAAGUGGAGAAGAAGCAACUCCAGAAGACCGAGAAAUUCCUGGAUCACCUCAACAGCACGGUCAUGCAAGAGCUGAAGAGCUACCGGAACCUGUACGACCAAUUGUGGCAGAGCACAAUCCUCGAACUGGAGGGCAUGAAAGAAAGGCAAAAGGCUGAGAUUGGUGAGAUCGGAGCAAGGCUCAGCAUGGUGGCUGAUGAGCUUGUCUGGCAGAAGAGAAUGGCUGUAGUGCAAUCUACGCUUCUCCUGCUCUGCCUUGGUCUGGUCCUCUUUGUGAGGUCGGGAACCCUGGGCUCCCAGUCCGACAUACCGAUCGUGCAACAACUGGGUAAUACGUACUCCAGCUUCUUUGAGUCACCUCCCCGCAGUCCCGAGAAUGCGGGAACUCUGAGACGUCGACGCACGUUUAGGAACAUGUGGCGGAGUGAUACGUCUGCCGCCCUGAGCGAUCGCAGCGGCCAUCUCAGCGAUGGAAUCAAUGCCGCGUCCGACGCAGAAACAGAUGACCGGCGCAGUCCUGUCCAGGUCGCGUUCAGCCCACCUACGCCAGUCACGCCAGGCUCAGCUUCCGACGCUGGGAAGGAAUCCGGUUCAUCCCCGGAGCAACUUGAUGGUGGCCCGGGGAAGGACCAAGACACUGGAUUGCCUACGCCAACUGACGACAACGAUUUGAGCCUUGAAGAGCAAGCUAGAAGGAUUCAGGUAUUAGAGACGCAGUCCGGUCCCGCCACCCCUCGCGGUUCUCGAGACAGCAGGCCUUCCUGGGAGGAAGUCGAUCGAGCGGUAGGCCUUCUCAAAGCGGAAGAGAAUGGACAGGGUACGCAGCUCGAGCGAAAGAGAGAUCGAGAGAGGAGAAAAAAGAGGUCUCCGCUUAGAAGGGUGGAAAGCUAUGACGGUGCGGCGAGUGACUCUCCGGGAGACGACGAUGGGGAUGAACUUUUCGUCUGUGGCUAAUGAUAACUUCAUGCUGAUUUCUGAGCACUGCAUGCUUCGGCGUUUGUUGGCCUGGUAUUUGAUGAUGUAUCGCGUAGCAUGAUACCGGCGUUGGUGGGUUACAGCGUGCUUCCAGUCUGACGGGAUAGUCUUUAUGAGGGGUUAAGAGAUCUGAAGCUCUUUAGGAGGCCGGAUACGUAGCAUCUUUUGAAUCGACGCUAUCCCGUUGG